CCUGCCACCAACCCGGGGCCUGCGAAUCGGGGACGCGGACGCGCACGUGACCCGAGAAACCCCGCCUACCAGCGAGCCUGGGCUGUGUGAGGGGGCGGGGGCGCGCACGGAGCCGAGCCGGCGUCUGAAUGAGAGAGAGCAGAAAGAGCCAGAAGCUCCGGGGAGCGGCGCUGACACCGUUAGAUGAGGUUGUGAGAGUGCUGUCAGAAUGAUGCUUCUGUUUCCGUGGAGAUGAAAUUGUCAGCACCUUGCCAUACACACAGAGGAGGAGGAGAGCACUAAUGGUGCAGAAGAAUGGACCUCUUGAAUGGCCAGUCCACCAAUACUCUACCAGCUACUGCUUCAGAGAAGAGCAGCAGUUCAGAGUCAUUAAGUGACAAGGGCUCGUCAGAACUGAAAAAAAGCUUUGACGCUGUUGUGUUUGAUGUUCUCAUGGUUACACCAGAGGAAUAUGCUGGUCAGAUAACACUAAUGGAUGUCCCUGUUUUUAAAGCAAUUCAACCAGAGGAAUUAUCAAGCUGUGGCUGGAAUAAGAAGGAAAAAUACAGUUCUGCACCCAAUGCAGUGGCUUUCACAAGACGCUUUAACCAAGUGAGUUUUUGGGUAGUUCGAGAGAUACUUCAUGCACAAACACUAAAAAUUCGAGCUGAGGUUUUGAGUCAUUACAUUAAAACUGCCAAGAAGCUGUAUGAACUAAACAACCUCCAUUCCUUAAUGUCUGUGGUGUCUGGGCUUCAGAGUGCUCCAAUCUUUAGGCUGACCAAGACAUGGGCACUUUUGAGUCGUAAAGACAAAGCCACAUUUGAGAAACUAGAGUAUGUAGUUAGUAAAGAAGAUAAUUACAAACGACUUAGAGACUACAUCAACAGUUUGAAAAUGACACCUUGCAUUCCAUACUUAGGCAUCUACCUUUCAGAUCUCACAUACAUAGAUUCUGCAUACCCAUCUACUGGCAGCAUCCUAGAAAAUGAGCAGAGAUCAAACCUGAUGAACAACAUUCUUCGGAUAAUCUCUGACCUCCAACAAUCCUGUGAAUAUGACAUCCCUCUCCUGUCUCAUGUCCAAAAAUAUCUGAACUCGGUGCGGUACAUUGAGGAGCUUCAGAAAUUUGUUGAGGAUGACAAUUACAAGCUUUCAUUAAAAAUUGAACCUGGGACCAGCACACCUCGUACAGCAGCUUCAAAAGAAGACUUAGUCGGUCCAGAAGUUGGGGCUUCGCCAACAAGCUCACGGAAAAGCAUUCCAGUGGAAGGAGUAUUGCUACCACCCACACCUCCCUCUCCACGAAACCUUAUCCCACAUGGGCACCGCAAGUGUCACAGUUUGGGAUACAACUUCAUACAUAAAAUGAAUUCAGCUGAAUUUAAAAGUGCAACCUUCCCUAAUGCCGGACCACGUCACCUUCUAGAUGACAGUGUAAUGGAACCCCACACACCAUCAAGAGGGCAAGCUGAAAGCUCUACGCUUUCAAGUGGGAUAUCAAUAGGAAGCAGUGAUGGGUCUGAACUUAGUGAGGAUAUGCCGUGGCCAGCUUUUGAAAGGAACAGGUUGUACCAUUCUCUGGGUCCGAUGACAAGAGGGUCAUGGAAUGGAUAUCGAGGCCCGGUGAAGGCCAGCAGGACUCCACGUGCCCAACUUUCUAUGGGCAGGCUUAAGAUGCCAUCUUUCAGUCUCAGUUGCGUUUUGCUGCAGAGCUCCAGUUCCGCGGAGACAACAGAUCUAGCUGUUCAUUUGUGUCCUGAAGAGGUGGCUAUACAGGGGGUUCUGCGACGGAAAACUGUACUAAAAGAAGGAAAAAAGCCAACAGUUGCAUCCUGGACAAAAUACUGGGCAGUUCUCUGUGGUACACAGCUGAUUUACUAUGCCGCAAAAUCCCUGAAAGCCACAGAAAGAAAACAUUUCAAAGCUAUUUCUACAAAAAAUAUUUCUGUUGUUGGUUGGAUGGCAAUGAUGGCUGAUGAUCCUGAGCAUCCCGAUAUCUUCUUGCUAACAGACUCAGAGAAAGGAAAUUCCUACAAGUUCCAAGCCGGUAGCCGCAUGAAUGCCAUGUUAUGGUUCAAACAUCUAAGUGCUGCCUGCCAGAGUAACAGACAGCAGGUACCUGCCAACCUAAUGACCUUUGAGUGAUUUGAAAAUGUGUGGAUUGCGGAGGAUCACAACCUUGUUCCCCAAAAUAGCUGGGGGGGCAUGAAAUGAUUAGCCAUACAUAUGAACACUCCACUUUCCUGCCUCUGCAACUGUACUGUAGAGCAAUGAACAAAAUCAUCUAAUUUGUAGCACUGAGCUGGAGAGAGUUUCCCAGACACGCCGUGUUUAUACUGCAGCAAGGUAUAUGGAGCAGUCCUGCAAAUGUGCAACUUAUUCAGCCAUGGACCUCGUCCUGAGAAUACUCAUGUACAUAUAUAUAUAUAUAUAUUUUUCUCUUAAACACUCACUGAACCAAUCUGUGCAAACCACUGCCUUAAAGACAAAAAAAUGUGUGUGUUGAAAUGUUACACCAAAUAGCGUGAGUCCGUGAGUGUAUUUACAGGUGCGUUAUGUGGUGCUUUCUGACUUUGUUGUGUUCCCUUUAACUUUGAUCAUAUGUCAAACUACAUUUUUGGACCUUUUGGUCUUAUUUUUUUUUUCUUCUUGUGAAAAACAAGCAAAUUUGGGUUAGUCUUGUAAAAGACAACAUGAAUUGUAGAAUGGACAGUGUUUUAGGAAAAAAACUGAAAUGGUGGAGGUUGUAGCAAGGUCUGGAGGUUGUUGGUUACAGGAGGUUGAUUGAGCAUCCUUUGCACUGCUGCAGUCUAACUGGUAUUCAUGCAGGGAUAACAUGGCAGCAGCAGAUGGACAUGGCUCUGUUAUGUUCUGUUAGGGUAGAGGGAAAGGCAGAUAGAUCUGUGCUGUUAUAGGAAUGUGACUUUGUCCUGCUGAGAGCUGCCAGUCUGUACCUCUGGGUAUUCCUUACACGGGGGGUGUGGGGGGGGGGGGACAGAUGGUUGCUGGUCUGUUACAUCUAACUUUAGUGUUACAUGUAAUUAUUCUACUAAUGUAUCGUUGAUACAAAAAAUCCCCCCACUGCCAGCAGUAUUAUCUUUUUUUAAGAUUGUUUUAGAACUCUGAGUUUUUAUAUUUGUUUUGCCCUUUUCUAUUUUUUAAAGUUCUUUAUAUACAUAAUAUAACGUGUGGCAUAUAAGCUUGUGGUUCCUUUUAUUUAGGCAUUGUCCUGUUUGUCUAUAGAGCAGAAAUGACCAGCCUGCAGACUCCAGCUGCUGUUAAACUACAACUCCCAGCAUAUGCCAGCAUUGUUUAGUUGGGAGUUAUAUUUCAGCCAGCACAGGCAGAUCUUCCCAUUGGUAGGCUUAUAAUGUGUUGGCAACAUGAAGGCUUGGUGGGAAUCUCUCUCCCUUCCGUCUCAUUUUCUUCACAGAUGUGACCUGACUGUCUACAUUAGACUUCUUAUUGCUUUUCCAUGAAGCAGUGGAUAUUAGAAUGGCUACAUUGGUGUAAGUAGCACUUCCCCUUACCUUCUCAGGUCGUAAAGAAACUUAUGCAGAAAUUGGGAAUCUUGUCAGGCCUGGUGUGGGGAGGACGCAAGAGUGUUAUUUAUUUGCAUGGCCAUAAAAGAAAAGUGUUAAACCCCUAUAGCCACAUGGAUCAAUGCUAGGGUAAUUACUCUUACUUUAUACAGGAACAGCGAGUUGGGCAAUAAUGUCAAAUGUUUGGUUUUAGCAAUUUACCGGGGGCAUUGUUGGCUGGUUUUCUGAGCUCUUUGGUAUCCCAUUCAUUUCUCUUCAGCGAUACACUAUUUUGAUCACUUUGUUAUUUUCCACAAGUUCUCUUGUAAUAAUUACAGGGCAUUGUGGGGUUCUUGGGUAUUGUUUUAGUAUAAGUUGCCACAGUGCCCCCCAACACCUCUCUCUGUGCCACACUCCCCCUAACCUUCUCCCUGCUUCAUAUAACUACAGUCUCUCACUAGCACACUUCCUACAGUUACUACGCACUUUAUCAUAUAAGCUAAAUGUAACAUUUACAAGCAUCUAAAAGCUUCUACUUAUUUCUCAUAUAGACUGGACUAAACCAAACCGGGUUAUCUGGCCUUAAAUGCCUGUUUUAAGCUUUGUUUCUGCCACAGUAAAGGUUUUUAUUAAUUUUUCAUGGACCCAGAACACUGCAAGAAGCCGGGGCUUGCCAGUAUGAUAAAAAAAACUUUUUUCUAACUGAGCAAUGUGAAAGGUCUAUUGUCACCUGUUGGAUGCUGGGAGUUGUUCAGAAGCUAUUGGAGGGGUGCAGCUUUAACAUCCCUAAAAGAAAAGCAAAAAAAAAAAAAAAAGUAAGUUACACAUUGUAAGAAUUUGCAGUUUUACCAAGGACAUGUUCUGUCCCAGCUAUGAGUACAGACCCAGAACAAAUCCCAGGUCUAUGUAAAAGUUCAGUAGUAUGGAGACUGUGAUGCUGGGCUGAAGGGCCACAGUUGGAGCUCAGUUGUCACUUAAAGCCAGUGUCACUACGCCGGUCAUUUAUGUUUUUGUGAUACGUUAGGCACUGUGUAUUCUUCCACUUCUGUGCUACAAUUUUCAUAUGUAUUAUCAUUAUUUUACUGGGCCACACGUUCUGUUCAUGUGACUAGAUCUUCUGAUAUAGCAGCCACCCAGUUUUAGUGAGAUGGUAAGCCUCGUUUCUGCAGUGAACAUGCCAGUUCCAUGAACAUACAAACUGUCAUUACUGUUAUCACUAGAUUUAAUGUAGGAUUAUAGAUGAUCACAUUCAUUGGUAUAGCAAUAUUGGGAAUGUUUCACAUCAAAAUGAAUGAACUUUCACUUUCCGUAGAAAUAAUUUGUAAUAGAAGAAGGUUUAAAGUCAAGUGCACAGUGUUGUUUGCACCCCCUAGACUACUGUUACUGCCUAUUAGCUAUAGGACCCAGGAUAUGGCUGCUGAAGGCAGCAGUGCCCAUGCCCCAUGUGCAGAGCAGGCAGUGACCUUGCCACUUGGCAAUGAGUUUGCUCAUAUGAGCUGCAUGGAAAGAAAUAGGGUUAAUGCUGGUGCCUUAACCAGACUUACAGUGGGAACAUCUUUAUACAAUGGGUUGUUCUUUGUGAUUUUUACUCCUGACAGCAAUGGAAAUCUGCAUUCCUGGUUAAUCCUUUGGAUGUCAAACUGAUGAGCUAAUGCUAGCUCGGGGGCUAGGAGAAUGGGCUUUGUCUGCAUACUGUACAGGUCCCUAGAGCCAGAAAGGAAAAAAUGAUGUCAUUGCUUAUGCAGGUCGAUUCUAUUGUAUUUGCCAAAUGUAAUGUUGGGCACUAAAUCAUCAAGAUGAAUGGAACAAAAAUAUUGCAGUAAUAGCACAUGGGUUCCUUUUAAAUAGAAAGGAUUUAUUUUGUUUGGCACCAGGUUGUUGUGGUGUUGCAGACCCGCCUUACACUGAAGGGUUACCGUGUGCCCUGCCUGUUUCACAUGGUAGGAACCUGCAUUAUGAUCUGCGCCAGUGAUGUGCGGUUCCUAAGCUGUUUUUUUAAGUGUGUGUGUGUGAGCACUUUGAAUGUGUUUGUGUCGGAUAUACACUGUCUCAAGGUUCUGAUUUCCUACUGAAAAUAAAAAACAUACCAAAAUAAC